AUGUUACGCCGUCUUGGAUGGUUAAUUGGAUUGAGCCAAAGAAGUAGGCAAACAAAGAUCCUUGAUGCAGAGCCUUACGUAGCCAAGGUUAAGCCGGUGCUAAUGGUCGACACUGUUCAAGAAAUCGCUAUCUAUAUCCAUAGGUUUCACAACCUUGAUCUUUUCCAGCAAGGAUGGUAUCAAAUAAAAAUCAGCAUGAAAUGGGAGGAUGGUGAUAACAACUCCUGUGGGAUUCCUUCAAGAGUUGUUCAGUAUGAAGCUCUUGAUUCAAGCUCAAACGACUCGUGUGGAGUGUGGAAGAUAGAUGACAAAGAUAAUAGUUUCUUAACACAGCCCUUUCGCAUUAAGUAUGCGAGGCAGGAUGUUCGUCUAUGCAUGAUGGUCUCGUUUACUAUGCCACUGGAAAGAUAUGAGGGGUCAGCUACAUCUGCUGUUAUAUUGAGCUUUGAGCUUUUGUAUUCUCCGGUUAUGGAGAAUAUAUCAGUGGCGGAUUCGGAUGCUUGUCCUGCAGCAGUGCAUGAGUUUCGUAUUCCUCCUAAAGCUCUCUCCGGCUUGCAUUCUUACUGUCCGGUGCACUUUGAUACCUUUCACGCCGUUCUUAUUGAUGUGACUGUCCACGUCAGUGUCAUGAAAUCUGCUGCUUACAAACGGCCUGCAGUUUUAUCUAGUGAUGCAAGUAAAGAUUUGGCCAACGGCAAUUCUCAGUCUUCCAAGAAAGCCUUUGCUCAGAUUGCUUCUGCGGACAAGAAGCUGGUGUCAUUUGUCAAAGCCUUACUUGCAGCUCGUGACACUUUGCUUGAAGAAAUGAAAACACUUAGCAAAGCAGUUAGUCAAACAAUCGACUUGUCUGAGUUUGUAUCCAAUAUGGACAAUGGUCUUUUAUCUGACUCAGCUCCAAUGGGAUCAUCAGUUGAAGCUGAAGAAGGUUCAGGACAAGGCAAGCAACAAAACAAUCUUGAGAAGUUGAAUAGCCCAUUUGAUUUAACAAGUGAUGACUGGCUUCGUGACUUCUCCAAGGAGCAUCUAUCUCGCACAUUCCACUUACUCGGCACCCAGCUCCAUUACCUUUGGACUACUUUUCUUGCAUUUCACCGGGAUAAUAACACAAAAGUCUUGGACUAUCUCCGUGAUAUCUGGAGAAAGGAUCGAAGAGCUGAGUGGUCAAUCUGGAUGGUGUACUCCAAGGUUGAAAUGCCACAUCAUUUUAUAAGUGGAAUGGAAGACACUUCAAACCAUACCUCUAACAAAAAAGUCACAACUUUGUCAAAGCUGAAUGAUCCUGCGCAGGUUGCAGCCACCCGAGCAGAACUUCACCGUCGAAGUAUUGCACAAAUGCGGAUAAACAACCGGGCGAUACAAGACAUGCAUAUAUUUGGUGAUCCUAUGCGUGUUCCUAUUGUUAUAACUGAACGUGUUUGGAAUGCACCAAGGCGUACUUUCAGUGAGAAUUCGUAUAUGAAACAUGUUGAUAGAAUCGAUUCUAGCUUACUCAAUGGGCACGAUGACGAGAGUGGGACAAGGAAACAGAAUAACUCACAGCAAAGUGGGCGUGAGCUGAAGAUUGUUGUUUUUGUUCAUGGUUUCCAGGGGCAUCACUUAGACCUAAGGCUUAUACGGAAUCAGUGGCUCCUGAUUGAUCCAAAGAUAGAGUUUCUCAUGUCUGAGGCAAACGAGGAGAAGACACAUGGCGAUUUCAGGGAGAUGGGGCAGAGGCUUGCGCAGGAAGUUGUUUCUUUCUUCAAGAGGAAAAUGGAUAAGCAUGCGAGAUACGGUCGCUUGAAAAACGUUAAGAUGAGUUUUGUUGGACAUUCAAUAGGCAAUGUCAUCAUCAGAACUGCAUUAGCAGAUAGUUUGAUGGAACCAUACAGGAAGUAUCUACAUACGUAUCUAUCGCUUUCGGGUCCACACUUGGGUUAUCUAUACAGUUCAAAUUCCUUAUUUAAUUCUGGACUUUGGCUCCUGAAGAAGUUAAAGAGCACUCAGGUUAUUCAUCAGCUUACACUCACUGACGAUCCUGAUCUCCAGAAUACUUUCUUUUACAAGCUCUGCAAGCAAAAGACCUUGGACAGUUUCAAGAACAUAAUUCUCCUGUCUUCGCCUCAGGAUGGGUAUGUUCCAUAUCACUCAGCCAGGAUCGAGUCGUGCCAACCAGCAGCUUUCGACAACUCGAAAAGAAACGUUGCGUUCUUGGAGAUGCUUAAUAGCUGUAUGGACCAAAUACGAGGGCCAUCACCAGAAAAUCCUCACCACCAGAGAGUGUUCAUGCGCUGCGAUGUCAACUUUGACACGACCUUGUAUGGUCGUAACCUCAACUCAUUCAUCGGUCGAGCUGCUCACAUCGAGUUCUUGGAGUCUGAUGUCUUUGCAAGAUUCAUUAUGUGGUCCUUCCAAGAUCUAUUCCGCUGA